AUGACAAAAUUGAGUACCUUUUUGGGGUUCGGCACUUGUGUCUUGUUCGUGUUGGGACCGUUGGGCCAUCAGGCCGAUGCCGACGACCAAGAGAUUCUGAUGGACUCUGAGUACGAGUUGAAGCGGAUGUUGACAUUUGUCCGGCCACUGAUGGGAAUCUUGCGAAGCGAUCCGCUCGUCAAACGCUCGACCGAUGUGAUGGAAACUGGAUGGAUGUCAUCAUCUCGCGCCAUUGCGGGAAGGCCACGAGAUGACUAUGGCUAUGGUGGAGGUGGAGAUUACGGAGGUUACGGCGGAGGAUACGGCGGCGGAGGAGGUUACUCCAAUUACGGCUACGACACUUGCUGUGGACAUCAAAAGGAUUACUUGUCCAUCAUGUCCCUCAUCGCACUAGGCCUCCUGUUUCUCUUCUUGGUCAAAUUGCUCAGCACCACAAUAGCAGGACGUCGUAAAAAGAGAUCGGAUGAUGACAACGAUCUUCUCUCUCUCGAAGAGCUUCUCUCCGAGCAGGACGUAGAAUUCGCUGGUGCAAUCGAUCAGAUUGUGAUGCAUCAACCAUUGACAGUGCCGUCGAAGAUAUUGCAACGUAGAAAGAGCCGCCAUCGGUGGUUGGCUACAGUAUUUAUAGUCAUGCUUUCAGCUCGGAUGCUGAUCAUGGCUGACAGUCUAACGGCCACUUCUCGGCCGACAUUCAACUGUGGUCAUCCAGCAGAGAACCAACCUGAAAGUGGCGAUUUUCUCGCCAUGUCUGAUACAGGGACCGGCAAAGAACCCAACAGUCGACAUUUCAGAGUAGCGCGUAGUGAAUUCUCUGAUUUUUGUUUGAAUGGCGAUUGCAUUAACGGCGAUGUCCUCAAAGUUGUCAGCAAAUUAGCCAAGCGCAUUCUAAGCGAUCCACGGAUCCUUGGUCUUCGGACGGCCAGUGAACCGGAUGACUUCCAAGCUGGCCGCAAAAUCAGUUCGUCUAAAAAACGUCGAAUCAGUAACAAUCGUCGAAGUGAUGAGGAAAACGCCGAAAACAACAAUCAAAAGAUGAAAGAUGAAGAUAAAAAAGCUUCCGAUGAUGCUUCUUCUGAGGAAAGAGCGUCGGUGGUGAAGGUGGACACGACGGUGAAUUGUUACGGAGCAUCGGACGGUUGGGAUUCACCUGGCAUCUACUGGGAAGAUGACGGUUAUAACGUUGAAGCUUACGUAAGCGAGGACGAAUCCAUUCUGGAUUACGGCGAUACUGAACACGCCAGCACUAAUGUUGGUGGCGAAGGCGAAAAAGCCUCGGCGGCCCGUGCCAUUGACGAUUCAAGCUUGUUUGAUAUUCAUUCGUUAACUAGUCGCGACGAUUACUUCGACAACAACGAGCGGAUUACUCAAAGGCACGAUAAAAAUCGGCUCAACGUUCGGUACAAUGAUCCCGACUCUUAUCACGCGUCGACCAGUUCAGAUUCAAACGGCAUUCUUAAAGAGAAGAAGUAUGGAGUUCCGGGCGGAGUAAAGUAUGGCGAAGAUGAUGGAUAUCCGGAUACUCGGGGAAAGACUAAAUUAUACAAUAAUUACGGAAGGGAUGAUGAUGAUGAUAGUAGUAGUGGAGGGGGACAGAAGGGUGGUGGUGGCUACGGGGGAGGCGGAAGCAGUUAUGGAGGAGGUGGGGGCUAUGGAGGCGGAAGCAGUUACGGCGGAGGCAGCAGCUAUGGGUAUGGAGGAGGAGGGGGUUACGGCGGAUAUGACGAUUCUUGUUGCAAGAAUAAAUUAUUACCGAUUCUGUUGGUGGGAUUGUUGGGUUUGUUGGCCUUUUUCCUCUACAUCCGAUCGACCACGGUUGCGGGUCGGCGUAGUAUGGAUGAAAACGAUCUCUCUGAUGUGCUGCUAGAUGGUCCAACUUGGUUGAGCAUGGUCCAUGAAUUGUGGGAGCAAGACGCUGCACUUGGAAAUACCGCCUGCACUCAAGAGACUUUAUGCCGGAUGAAUCGCUUAGCUAUGGCCGCACCCGGACAAGCAGGAUGGGCAGUUUCACUUUCAAGUUUGCCUUUGAGCUACCUGUUGCACACUCGCCAUUCUGGUGGAUUCAGUUCGUAUGUCGAUGCAUCACUGAUGGGCCGAUCUGGUGCGAAUUGCACUGAACUUUACUUAAGCUGCCCUCGUCUGACAUAUUAAACUAAAAAAAUAUUGAAUUACCAACAAUACAAUUCUUAAUCGAACAAUGAAUUGGGUGUGUGUUAAUAAACAUAGAUAUUUGAACGGUGAAGAUUUUAAAAUACACAAAUUA